CAUUUCCAGUAGCUCUGUGAAAGGCGGAGCUUGCAGACCCCGUAACGGGCCACUAGCGGUGACAUGCGGUGUCUGGUAGUGGCUACACGAGCUGAAGAGGGGAUUGAUGCGAUGCUGCUCUCGCUGCGGUGGACGAGUCUGGCAGCGAUGCGCGCCUUGGGGAUCCCGGAUGAUAUCAUGACGGUGCUGUAAGUCUGCAUACAUGAAGCAUUAUGUUGGAUGUACUGCCAACAGCCAACAUGCUUGAGCCAGGUACCUACUCUGUGUCGUCCUAUAUACCGCUUGGCAGUACAGAAAACCCAAGUACAGUACCUGGAUGCAGCAUAUCCCAGCUGAUGCCGCCUCGGACAUUUGGCAGUCGGAGGGUUUUCCUGGCCAGCAGCAGCUCUUUCGGCGCUAUAUACAGUAUCGAGCAGUAAUGUCAGAUAUUAUGGCAUGCUCAGGGAAACAAUGAAAGACACUAGCUACUAGGUACUACAAGGUACUACUGCCUUGUUUGGUCAUGGCGAGGGAACGUUUCGAGUACCUACCUGUACAUGAGAGGCUGGACUGAACGCCCUACAUCAGCUGGAGUUUUCGAUAUUUGUCUAGUGAGACCGGUUGUGGUAGGUCCGCUUACAGAGAGCGACAUAUAGCCGUAUGUACUGCUACAGCGUCUACCAAGUCCUGUACCAAGGGCAGCUGAGCAAACCUCGCGCCGUAGCACGCGGUACUUUUUGAGAUGCACAAAUCAGGUGAUUCAAGCAAGUCCCAGAGUAGAAGGGAUGUGCUGCUGCGAUACAGUACAAGCAAAUCCAAUUCAAUCCAAAGCCAUUAGGUACUGCUUACGCAUGUUUUACAUAUCCGGACAAGUCAAGUUUGUUGCGAGCUAAAGGACGACUCUAUUACUGCAAUUGUAACAAAACGAUUAAUGAUUAGUAGCUGUAAUAGUUAUACCUAUUUGGAGCGGCAUCGGCCAGGGAUAUUUUGGCUUUUCUGUGCGUUGCUUUUUUUUUUUUUUUUUUUGCUUUGCAAGGGCGUCACCUUCGUGUUAGAGUUUGGCGCUGCAAAAACAAAAAAAGAAAACAAAAAAAUGAGAAAUAUAAUACAUGUCCCGGGCUAUGCUGCAGCCAACAGCAGGGAAAUUCUGGUGGAGGGGGCGUGGUGUGAUGGUUGAGUUUGAUGGUAGCAACCCAGUGGAUGCUAAAAGGGUGGUUAUAGGUCAUA